UUGCCUAUUUUUCUUUUCUUAUUUAGGUCUUUACUACUAUGCUGAAUCACCAAAAAUGUCCAUAGAAGAAUAAUGGAAGCCCCUGAAUACCUUGAUUUGGAUGAGAUAGACUUUAGUGAUGAUAUAUCGUACUCUAUAACUUCUCUCAAGACUAUCCCAGAAUUAUGUAGAAGGUGUGAUUCACAAAAUGAAGACAGAUCAGUUUCCAGCAGCAGCUGGAACUGUGGUGGCUCAACUCUUAUCGGAAAUGCACAGAAACCAACAGGAAUUGCAGAUGCGUGCAAUAAAUUCAGACCAGUGAAGAGGGUUUCCCCAUUAAAGCAUCAGCCAGAGAGCUCUGAGAACAAUGAAAGUGAUGACCAAAAGAACCAGAAGGGUGAAUACCAGAAAGGCAGCGACGCUCAGCCUGCACCUCCAAAUGAUGACCAGAACCCAGGAGAAGGAGAAAACCUUAAAAGUAAAAACAUUGAGCCUACUGUUCUGCUUGGGGAGCUGGAGCACUAUGACCUGGAUAUGGAUGAAAUUUUGGAUGUGCCUUACAUUAAAUCAAAUCAACAACUUGUUCCUUUCACAAAGGUAGCCCCUGAGAAAAAAAAUUUUGGUGUAUGUUCAACAGUGAAUGGUGUUAGUGGCAAGACCUGCUCUACAGAGAGUACAGAGCCUGCUGGAGUGACACAGUUCUGUGUUCUCUCUCCUGUGAAAGGCUCUCAGUUGAGAAAAACACAGCCUAUUGUUGUUGAUCAGCACAAGCAUUUAACAGAAGAAUUAGAGCUUUCCCAGCCUUUAGCGAAGUGUAGCUCAGUCCAUGAAUCUGAAGCCCAGGGCAAAGGGUUUCUCUGUAGGACAUUUGUUGGUCCUCAGGCUCACAAAACUGAGAAGACUAUGCCAAACUGCCAUCUAAGGACUUUUCACCUGCAGACAGCAGUGGCAGAGAGCAAGCAGCUUGAGGAACUAAAUAUGAGCUGGAGCAGGGCAGGAGGGCCAGAAGAGAGGAAUGAAGAGGUGAAAAAAUCUAAGAGCAUCUUAAACAUUGUAAAGGAGGGGCAAAUAUCAUUACUGCCACAUUUAGCAGCAGAUAAUCUGGAUAAGAUUCAUGAUGAAUGUGACAACAAUCUGUUGCAUGUAGCAGCAUCAAAGGGACAUGCAGAAUGCCUGCAGCAUCUCACUUCUUUGAUGGGUGAAGACUGUUUGAAUGAAAGAAACAUGGAGCAGUUAACUCCAGCUGGUUUAGCAAUAAAGAAUGGUCAGCUGGAGUGCGUUCGGUGGAUGGUGAGCGAAACAGAAGCUAUUGCAGAAUUAAGUUGCUCGAAAGAUCACCCAAGCCUUAUUCAUUAUGCCGGCUGCUAUGGUCAGGAGAAAAUCCUUCUAUGGCUUCUUCAGUUUAUGCAAGAACAAGGGAUUUCACUGGAUGAAGUUGAUCAGGAUGGAAAUACUGCUGUUCACAUAGCUGCUCAACAUGGCUAUCUAGGAUGUAUACAGACAUUAGUUGAAUAUGGAGCAAAUGUCACCAUGCAAAACCACAUGGGAGAGAAACCCUCACAAAGUGCUGAGCGACAUGGGCACACCAUGUGUUCCCGGUACCUAGUGGUAGUGGAGACCUGUAUGUCAUUGGCCUCUCAGGUUGUGAAGCUAACAAAGCAACUAAAAGAGCAGACAGUAGAACGUGUGACAUUGCAGAACCAACUCCAACAGCUUUUAGAAGCCCAGCGAUCAGAGGGCAAGUCUCUGCCCACAUCCACAAGCUCACCAUCAUCCCCUGCCUCUGGCAAACCCCAGUGGAAACCAUCUGAAGCAGAUGAAUUGUCUCCACCGAAAAGUAAAUUGAACGCCCAAGAUGGGAUUCAGAUUCUUGGCAGCUUGGGAACUUCUAGUCGCACUCGAGCCAAGAUAAAAGAUGAGGACUCGGAUAAAAUCUUGCGCCAGUUGCUGGGAAAGGAAAUCUCUGAAAAUGUCUGUAUGCAGGAAAAGCUGACCUUGGAAUUUCAGGAUGCUCAUGCAUCCUCCAAGAACGUGAAGAAGAUUUUGCCAGAGAAAAGGGAGCUGAAGUUAGCCAGACUGAGGCAGCUUAUGCAGAGGUCUCUCAGUGAGUCUGACACAGACUCAGCUAAUUCUGAGGACCAUAAGAACACCCCUGUGAAAAGAACUGACAAACUAAGGCCUCAACCCAUAGUGGAAAGUGUUGAGAGCACAGAGAGUUUGCACCUGGUGAUUAAGAAGCACACUUCAGCAGCAGGGCGCCGCUUCCCUUUUGGUACCAGAGCUUCUAAGUCAGUGGAUGGCCACAGUCCUUCCCCUACUUCAGAGAGCAGUGAUCCAGAUAACGAGGCCCAGUAUCAAUCUGGUACUGUACCUCAGAGCCAGUUUUGUGGAGACAGCUCUCCUUCCAGCACAGACAGUGCCUCUGCUCAAAAGGUUGCCACAAGCCCUAAGAGUGCACUUAAGUCUCCAUCUUCAAAACGCAGAACCUCACAAAAUUUGAAACUCAGAGUGACUUUCGAGGAGCCUGUGGUGCAGGUGGAGCUAGCUGAGGCAGAGCUAAAUGAGGAAAAGGAUAAAGAACGGGGCAAAGCACUUUCGCGGGCUCCACCCAGCACUGGGGAACCAUUGGGGGACCAGCUAAAAAGGCCUUUUGGAACCUUUAGAUCCAUAAUGGAGACACUGAGUGGUAACCAAAAUAACAACAACAACUGUCAAAUGGCAAACCUGAUCAAAACCUCAUCGACACUGCCUUUUUCAUCAUUAGGAAGAAAGACAGCAGACAGCAAGGGAAACCCAGCAGCUCUGACAAAAGGAAGAAACAAGCCAGGGCCUUGCUUCAGCCACACCACUUCCUCUAGCACACUGAAUGAAGAACAUCUGUGUAACUAUGCUUGGCAUGAUAACAUCAGUUGGAAAAGCCAGAAGUCUUACAGUCAGAAGAGUUCAGAAGAGACAGAGCUGCAGGAAUUCUUCCUCUAAACCAUAUCUUGUGAUGUCUCACUUUGUUUGAAAUGCCAGAAAUAAAUCCUUUUGAAACACUAAUACGAGACAGAUCCCUCACCAGCAAAACAGCAACUGUUAGGAUGCCUUAAUUCGUAGCAGUUAGACCAUAUUCAAAACUUUUUUUAUGAUAUAUGUGUAUAUGUAACUUGUUUGUAAACUGUACUAUGUAAAGGCAUGGGUGAGCAAAAGCAACAAUUUGAGAAUUGCUGUGACACAGGCAACCUCCAAAAUGUUGAGCCACAGGACACAUUUUGUACUUUGUCUCUUGCAUGGAUAUGUUGUCAUAUAUCUUUUGUUCCCUUUGUCAAUGAAAUAUGCUGUCAAAGUUUCAGCCAGGACUCUGCCUGCUCAGCUCUUUAAUGAGACAGAGGCAAAAGCAUUGAUUCAAGUAAGUUUUGUUUGUUUUUAUUUCUACUUUUUGUAAAAAGGAAAUAAAGACACUGUUAAAUAGAAAACGCUAAGUUUAAAUAUUUCUUAUACUUCACUCUUUUAAGCUUCAGGUGUUAUUUGUCUUUUCCAGAUACAUUUGAUAGUGAGGCAAUAUCCAGCAUCAGAAUUUCAAUACAGGCAUUCAUCUGAAUGUUUAUUUAGUAGUCCUCUUUCAGACUUAAAAAAAGCAAUUUAAAAAAGCAUAAAUGCAAUUUUAAAUUACCGUUUAUUGUUGCUUGCCAAACACUGGCAAUAUGCUUGGCUCACCAAAUGACCAUGACCACGCUCUUUCAAAGCUGUCACAAUCCUUUUAUUGAAUUCACUUGGAACCUUUUGGAGAAAGUAACUAUUCAACAUCUUAUUGAAUUCAUUUUGUUUCUUGUAAGUUAUCAGUACAUCCUGUGGUUGUGUCAAAUGCAGUGCUACAUCAAAAGCAGGCUAAGAAGCAGCCUUCAGCUGAAGCAUUAAUAUAUAUCAUUUGCUUUAUUAUGAUUAUAUUGAGCCAUUUGAAGACUAGUGUGGUUUGAUGAGGAAGAUCUACAUAUCUGAGAAUUUAUUUUCGUGGCUGGGAAGUUGAAGGAAGUCUGCCAAAUAAAGUCUUUUC